AUGCCCUCUGCCACGAUCGCAUGGAAUGCGUCCAUCAGGUUCAAUGGCAGAGUGAUGACCAUAUGUGAGAAGGAUAUCGUGGACAUCGGUGGCACGAAGUGCAUGGUUAUAGUUCCGUGGAGGGCGCCGCUCAUAUCGCUGCUCACGGGCGUGCCGCAGACGGUGAUAUCCGAUACUGCCAAAGUCAGGGGCAUGAAGGUCAGCAUCGCAGGACACGAGCGUUUCAAGAGGCUCGUGAAGGCGAGGAACGCUGCACAAUCGACCAGUCUCCUCGGCAACGACAUGGUCUCGGAGGAAGGCGUCCAGCGUCUGUUCGGUGACGGGGCUGGCGCCGAAGCAGAUCAGCCGCCCGUCGUGUUCCCCAGGCGAAAGCGCAAGCGCGAUGGCGAGACCUCCGACGAUCCCCCGCCAGGCAUGAUCACGGCGACGGUGGACGGAGUGCGGAUCGAGUGCGUGAGGCCUACGAUGUCUCGCGAGAGUCUCUGCGUCCCCCUCGACGAGACGAACAUCAGUGCGCUCUUGGGUUACCUUCACCAGGGCAUCAACAGCCUCGAGGACAUCGCCAGCGCGCACGAGUGGGCGGGCCGUUACCCAGGGCGCUACAAGAAGAAGGAGACGGGCGCGUGCAUGGGCCAGGUGGACCACGGUACGCCGACCAAGCCGUGCGAGGGCAAGGACCUCGGCGGGUUAGGGGAUGCCCGCUGCAUAGGCGAGUGUAACUGA